CAGAUCCAAAAUCUGCUUUAUCCAUCAGAAAGAACAUCUUGUGCUCUGCAGUCUUUUAAAGUAGCCAAGGACUAAGCUGAGUGGCUAGCAUUAGUUCAUUGCUCCUGAACACUUGGGUGAUGGCAACCGCUGCUAUAACCUUGUACCACUGCUCUGUUUUUAUCUGGUAUGUUUUUCUCACAUACUUAUUUUUUACAAUUAGCUCAACAGAUCAGCCAGAUGGAGUUUUUCUUUAUGGUGGGCUGUGGAAAUACUUGACCAUUCUCAAUGUGGUAUUGCAGACCGGUUUCUAUGCAAUUUGUUUUGUGGCGGAUCUUCUGAUGUCAGUACCAGGAUUUAAACUUGUGAACUAUAUUGUUUCCUGCAGGGACCUUGUCUUCUCUGUGCUGGCUUUUCCAGCAUCUACUUUUGUGUUUUUGGCAUUUUGGGCACUGUACAGUUAUGACAGACAGCUGGUUUACCCUGAUGGCCUUGACAAGAUCAUACCACUAUGGCUCAAUCACGCUGUGCAUACAGCUGUGUUUCCUCUCGCUGUUGUGGAAAUGGUAACCUCUCCUCAUCAUUACCCACCAAAGAGAAAAGGGCUUCUCCUCUUGGGAUUUUGCUCAGUGUGUUAUCUAAGCUGGGUAUUAUGGAUAUAUUUUGCUGAUGGCAAGUGGGUUUAUCCUUUUCUUGGAUUACUCGGUCCAUUUGAAUUUAUAAUGUUCUCAUUUAGCAGUAAUGUACUUGCUGGGUCUGUCUAUAUUGCUGGAGAAGCUUUCAAUCAUCUUCUGUGGGGAGGAAGUGAACACAAGAAAAAAACUAAAUAAAUACUGAAUGUUGUCCAGUGCCAGAGGAUUUAUGAAAACUGACCCGAGUUGGGACUCCCAUCUUAUUGUUCAGUAACUGACCUAAAAUUGGGAAACUGUUUCAGUAACCAUCAAUGAAACAUUGAAAACCCAGAAGUCAAUAUCUACAGAUUAAAGGAUUGAUGCACAGCUAUUAGGGACAUAAACUUCAUAUUUUCCAUUUAAAAUUGUCAUUUGCAUCUUUACCAAUAUAAUUUUUGUUUACAUCUCAUUUGGAAUUAUAUAGCCUGUCAUUUUACAAAACACACCAUUUUUAUGCCACUCUACAUGUCCCAAGAUUCUUGGAGGAUUGUUUAUAUGAAAUUUACAUAAUUAAUUAUUUCAUAGAAAUGUCAAAUAUUGGAAGUAUUUAUAUGUGUGCACAUGAUGGAGAGAGAAAGAGUAUGGUGAUUACUUAAUUGCACAUGUGUAAUUGCAGAGUUUGCUGGGGCAUUGGACAACAAUAAGAAGAAAAAUACCCCAGUGGUAGCAUUGUGCAUAAAUAAAAGCCAUGUAGCCCACAGAAACCAAUCAGAAAUUGGUUUGCACUAUUUUAACUGUACUAGAUCUAUACAUACAAAUUGCUGAUUGGUGGCUAUGGGUUACAGGGUUUGUGCAUAAUCUGUAUUCUUGUUCUUUAAAGGACUGGUUCACUUUUAAAUUCACCUUUUACUAUGUUACAGAAGGGCCAAUUCUAAGCAACUUUUCAAAUGGUCUUCAUUAUUUAUUUUAUAUAGUUUUUUAAUUAUUUGCCUUCUAACUCUGUCAAGCUUUCAAAUAAAAUGAACAGAUGCUUUGUUAGACUACA